CCAACCUGGCCCUGCGCAGGAAGCUCCACCGGCACGGCUGCUCCCACCGGCGCUGCAUGCCGCUCCACUCCAGGGUGCCCUUCCCCUGA